GAAAUUUUUAUGCAAGAAUUUUUAAAGUGAUGUGAAAAUGGCCAGCAAGACACAACAUGUUCAAAAAUUUAUAAACUUUAUCAACCAACAAUUCGAGAUACUUAAGGCACAGAGGGAGUCCAUACUAGAGAAUGUAGAUGAAUCUAUCAAAAAGGUAUGUGGUUUUAUUGAUUUAAGCAUUUUGAUAAUAACUGUUCAAAGCUGAGAAAUUAUUUUGUUUCCAUGAAACGUGUAUCCCAGUGGUUCUCAACCUGUGGGUCGCGACCCCUUUUUAGCGUUGAACGAUCCAUUCCCAGGGGUCAUCUAAGACCAUCUGAAAACACAUAUGUUUUAACGUUAUGAAGUGGCUACUAAAAUAAUUCUGUGGCUGGGUUUCGCCACCACAUGAGGAACUGUAUGGAACGUGUCGGGGCUUUGGGAGGGUUGCGAACCACUGGUGUAUGCCAAUGUAUUGACUAGAUUUGUGCCCGAAUUAAGUUUACCAACAUUAUUUCCAUACCGGUAGAAAGAUUUCGAAAAAAUCGAAAUUCAAAAUAAAAGUUUUCCCGGUACCCUCGAUAAUAUUUUGUUAAUUUUAUGUAUUAUUAAAAUACUAUCAGCAUAUUUUUCGUUCAGAUCACGGGAUGUCGUUCUGCGUCUAAAUUUGUCAGUGAGUGAUAUUGCUUUUUCCUUCAGUUACUUCCCCGUACAUCCCACCAAUUUUACUCAGCCAAUAAUGACGUAUGAGCUAUGACGUAGUACCGUAGCGGUGUGUUUGGAAAAAUAAAACGCGGUAAAAAGAGUGUGCAACUCUUGUGAGGAAAAAGAGGCCAUUUUUUAACACGAGUGAUUUCUAUUAUUGUUGAGUUGAGUUCCUCUUCGUAUGGUGAACAAGAUUAUCCUUUUCUUUUUCUUUAAAGGCAAAUUAUUACCGGUUUGUCAUUAUUGUAGGCAGUAUAAUCUUUACAUAAUUAAAGAAUACUGAUUAUUCAAACCAUCUCUCGUUUUUUUUUGUUUUUUUUUUUUAAUGAAACCGGUUAAUGCACACAUCAACCUUCUAGGGGCUAGGAGAAGGCAAAGGAGAAAGAGUUCUAGACUCUGAAAUUUUUUAUAUGGCCGUGCGGCUCGGACCUACUCUCAGACGACUAUCCUCCACAGGAAAAAUACAUACAACAUGCAUUGGGCACUUUAAUAGUAUGUUAAUAAAACAUCAGUAAAUUUGAGUUCAUUCAGUACAAGAUACCUAGUGAAAAAGACGUACCUGUCAAAAAAAAUAUUUUUUUAAAAUUAUUUCUCGCUAUGCUCACACUUCUCAUUUUUAUUAUUAAUAUUCGCCCUUUGUAUAUUCAACUUGAGUAGUUGCUUGACUUGAAUUGAAUAGUUGCCUUGACUUGAGCAGCUGCCUUGACGUGAGCAGCUGCCUUGACGUGAGUAGUUACCUUGACUUGAGUAGUUGCCUUGACUUGAGCAGCUGCCUUGACGUGAGUAGUUGCCUUGACUUGAGUAGUUGCCCUGAGCUGUAUUUUGUUUGCAGUGAUCAAUUCGUCAGCCUCACUCUCUCGUCCUAGCCUAUUUGAUCCAACGGCAAGAACUACACGCCUUGAAAUAGACCAGAACGCAGUAGAUGACCAUUAGUAUUUUUGUUUGUGUGUCUCAUGACGCUCUUUAGGCGUUCUACGUCACGGGGUCUUGUAGAAAUUGUGAUUAUGUCACUAUCAUGCCGCAUACGGGACACAUUCUCCGGGCUUGGUUUUGGAGAUUCCUUCUCUCAGAUGAGUUGCCAUCCAAGGUUAACGCGUUCCACCCACCAAUGUGCUGGUGUUGUAUUUUGCUUGUUUAGACUUUUGCCAGGGAUUGAACUCAGUUUAUACCUCUCGGCCACCUAGCAUCCCUUUUAAAUUACAAAACAAACAAACAACACAAUUAGAGCCCACAGCUCAUUUCUGGGUUUUGCCAAUUUCUCUGUUUGUCUCUGCAUACCAAUUAUUUACAAUUUCAAUGAAUUAUAGUAUAAUUUACUUAUUUUUGAAGAUCAAAUCAGUAUUUAUAAGAAAUAUAUGGAGAUAUUUUUUAGAAGUGUUGCAUAUGUAAAACAUUAAUAGCAAGUAAAUUUGAAUGUCUUCGUGAAUUUCGUGUCCAGGUACAUAGUGAGGUAGAUGCCUGGGUCAGUGCAGGACUUGUCAAUCAAACAACAUGUGUCCGGUUGAACAACAGAAUUCAACAAGUUAUAGCUUUGUUUAUGGCUAAGUCUAUUGAACUUUCAGGUAUAUUAAAAAAACUUCCAUCUUUGUUGGCAAAUAUACUCAUGAAUUUCUAGGAAAAAAUUUAAACAGUUUAAAAAUCUCCAUUUUUCAGUGAACUUUCUUUAUUUUAUUUAUAAAAAAUUGUAACAUUUAUUCAAAUUAAAAAAAGAAAAUUAAAAAUUAAGUUCAUAUGAAUGAAAUAAUUUUUAAAUGAAAUAUUUCUUGUUCUAAUAAUCUUUAAAAAAAUAUUAUAACAAGGUGUUGAUUCAAUUCAACAUAAUGUUUAUUUCUGCAAAAUUUCAUUUUUCAAUAAAUGUUAUUAUUUUUUAUAUUAUUAUUUCUAUGAUUUCUUAAGAUCUAGAGAUUAACGAAAAUGAAAGCGAUCACAACCAAACGUCUUCGGCACAUGGAAAUGAUUCUACAUUUCCCAAAACCAGUUACACAAGGGGAAAAGUCCAAGAGAGAACGAUCCUGAGUAACGAGGAAACAGGACAAACAUCGAGUAAAACAUUUUAAUGAGAACUAUUUCGUUUCUCAUAUUAUUAUUAUUUUUUGUUUUGCAUACUAAUUUAUUUAAUGAUCUGAUAGUUUCAGCAAUGAAACUCUAAUUCAUUUGACAAGAUGCAGAGCAAUAAUGUGUUGGAAAGGAAAUCGUUUUUCUUUGUUUGGGAUAAUUUUUUUUUCUUUUUUUUUUGUGUGUAAACGGCUCAUUAAUUUAUAAUAAUAUAAGUCGUUAACGAGGGAGUUCAUUUACAUCCAAAUCUUUAGUAAUUAUGUUUGAAACAUCAUUCAAUAUAUUUCAAUAUCUAUUUCGAAACAGGUAAUGAUACUCCUUAUAUUACCCCUACAAAAUUUGCAAUACUAGAGGAAGCUGUAUUCUCACUUAAAAGGACAACAGAACAAAUUCAAGAAAAACAAGAAAAUUUUGACAAAAAACUGGAAGUAUUAACGAACGAAAAUUCAAAAUCUGAUGAAAAUAUUCAAGGAAGACUUACAGUACUUGAGAAAAAAAGCCAAUGCAUUACCUCAAAUGGUGAUAUUUUGUUUAAAAAUAUAACAAAUGUUGAUGACAAGUUAAACAGAUUAGAAGAUAAAAAUAAGUCUGUCAAUAUCUCAAUGAAUGAACUCAAUAAACAGAUCAGCUCUGCUAGAACUUGUAGCAAUGACGCCCUUAUGUCUAUACAAGAUUUGUCAAAGAGC